UUUAUGCAAAGAAAGUGGCAUUUUAAUUUAUCAGCGGUUUUGAUAGGUCGUUAAAAAGGUUUAGCAAAAUGAUCAACGAAAACUAUCCAUAUGAAAUUAAAGUUGUGGAAAUGGAAGUAGAAGGAACUGCACAUAAGUUUCCAGUAAUUGUUCGCGUAGGACCUAAGGGCUAUGUGUUUCCCGAAAAUUUUAAACAUGCAGCGGCCGAUAUUUAUAAUAUGGAAGUCAAGUCAAGUGACAUUUUUGUCGCCAGUUUCCCAAGAUCUGGAACGACGUGGACUCAGGAUAUGGUUUGGCUGAUAGUGUCUGAUUUAGACUACGAAAGAGCAUUGAAUAUACCACUAACAGAGAGAUAUGCUUUUCUUGAAUUUUUUUCAAAUUUUGAUGAUGAACUAAAAAAGAAAUUAUUCGACAUCAAUAAGGACGACGAGGCGAAGCUCAAAGAAUUUGAACUUCUUUUUAAACCGGCGACAGAGAUAUUGGAAACCACACCAUCUCCACGGUUCAUAAAGACCCACCUGCCACUCUCCUUGAUGCCACGGAAGGCUCUUGAAGCCAAGGUAGUAUAUGUGGCAAGAGAUCCGCGGGAUGCAAUCGUCUCUUUGUAUCAUUUAGUAAAUUCAAUGAGAUUUAUGAACCUGGACGGAGAUUUUAAAGCAUUUUGGAAGACGGUUGUAAACAAUUCUCAACCCUGGACGCCAUAUUUCGAUAACGUAAAGGAGGCAUGGGAAAAGCGUGAUCAUCCGAACAUGCUGUUUUUAUUCUACGAAGACAUGAGAAAGGAUCUGCCUUCAGUUGUACGCCGCGUUUCAGAUUUCUUCGGCAAAGAAUAUAAUGAGAAAGAAAUAGCGCGGCUCUGUGACCAUCUCAGUUUUGACAAUUUUAAGAAGAACCCUUCAGUUAAUUACGAUCUUAUGAAGGAGCUUGGAUUAAUGUAUACUGAUAAAGAUUUUAUUCGAAAAGGAAAGUCUGGGGGUUGGCGUGAUUACUUUGAUGAGGAGAUGACGGCAGAAGCAGACAAAUGGAUUGAGGAAAAUCUACGUGACACAGAUCUGUGCUUUCCCAGCAUGCAAUGAUUUUAAGCCGCAUUAAUUGAGAUCUAAAUUCACAUUUGUAUAAUAACAAUUAUUAUUACUGUAAAUGGUUUAUGUUAUACAACAUUUGUUAAUAAAUUAUAAGUUGUCUGAUAAUUUUAUUGAAGUGAAAACUUCUUUAGUGGCGUUGUACACUUUUUUUGGAAUGGGUAAAAAAAUUUAAACUCGCGUCAGGUUACGUGUCCUGAUCGAAAAUUUGUAAGACGGUUUUUUUUUAAAGGAUUAUGAACCUUCGUUCUGUAUUGUUACGGUUUUAAUUAAUUUGUCUCUUUCCUCAGAUACAUUGAUGUAUGUGGAGUUGGACCUUAAGUCAAUACAUCAAGGUUUAAUUUUGCGAAACGUCUUAAGCUUUAUGUAUUAACGAUUUGAUCAGACUGACGCGAAUAAAAAAUGGCAACUUAAAAAAUAGUGAAUUUUCCUAAUUGAAUUAUUAAAUACUAAUUUUAAUUAUUUUGUGUAGGAUUCCUAAGACGGAUGGAGAGUAGACAACUGUAA